GUUUGCUGGCGAUCACUUUGAUCUUGAACUGUAUUGUAGUGCAACACUCGCGGUGCUGCCCUACUUCUUACGAGGUGUACUGCGAGCGGUACGUGAAGAUACUGUAUCUACCGCGCACGCCGGCGCCUGCCUCGGCAUGACCGCAGGCAUCCAAAAGAAGGGUCUUGUCCGAGUCGCGUGGUAUUCGAUGAUUAGGAAUUUCCCCUAGCUACACCCCGAUUGACGUUCUCCUGUCUCCUCGUCUCUUCUUUGCUCAAUCACACACCUUCAUCAGGAUGGCUCAACAAUCGCGACAAUAUGAGCUGAUCUUGCUGGGAGCAACCGGAUAUACCGGAAAACUCGUUGCGGAAUGGGUGACUACCCAUCUGCCAGAUGAUCUCAAGUGGGCUGUUGCUGGACGCAAUGCGAAGAAAUUGCAAGCUGUAGUUGACGAAUUGACGAAGCUAAAGCCAAAUCGCAAGCAGCCAGCUAUCGAGACAUGCGAGCUUGAGCGCCAGCAGCUGGAAACGCUCGUUAAAAAGACAAAGCUCAUCAUCACGACGGUUGGCCCCUUCAUGCACUAUGGCGAGCCUGUCCUUGCCGCCUGUGUAAACAACGGCACACACUAUCUGGACUCCACUGGUGAGGUGCCAUGGAUCUACGACAUGGUUGCCAAGUACGAUGAGCUUGCGAAGAAGAACAAAACCAUCGUCAUCCCCGAGUGUGGUCUCGACUCUGUUCCUGCAGAUAUCAUGGCGUACGUACUCGCGCGCGAGGUGCGCAAGCGCCACAACGCACCCUGCGAGCGCGCCAUCAUGACACUCUACGACUUCAAAUCUGGAAUCAGUGGUGGAACAUCCCUUACUAUGCUGGAACUCUUCAAGAAAUACUCACUCAGUCAUCUCGGAAAGUCGAUGCACCCGUACUCGCUGUCGCCGGUUAGCGCAGACAACGUCGUCGCAUCACCGUCGGGAAGCUUCCCGUACAGUCUUUUCGGUCUACAAAGUAUCCCUGAGCUUGGAGGCAUCCAGACAACCGGACUCAUGGCAAGCGUCGAUGUAUGCAUUGCACAUCGCUCGUGGGGUCUGUACCAGUCUUCGGGUGACGAAACCCUGCAAUAUGGUCCCAAAUUCCGCUUCAACGAGUACGCGCGUGCUCCCAACUUCUUUGUUGGGCUAGCACAGAAGGUGGUUCUUACUUCAGUCGCCGUUCUGCUUGCCAUACCAGUAACACGCUGGUUGUUGGAACCCGUCUUCAAGAUGGUCAUCCCAAGCCCAGGCCAAGGACCGUCGAAAGAGAGCAUGAAGGAGGACUUCAUGCACUACCGUGGUGUUGGCACCACUGGGGACGGAAAGAAGGUGUUUGCCAACCUCGAGGUCGCACAUGGUGGUUAUGUUGCCACUGCGAUGACGCUCAGUGCCGCCGCCUUAGUCAUUCUCCGAGGCAGGCUAGAGGACAGCGAGGCGGGUAAGCUAGGAGGUGGCAUUCUUACACCCGCAACACUGGGAGACGAGUACGUGAAGACACUGAAUGACUUUGGUAUGAAGAUUAGAGUGGACAAGUAAGGUAUUGAGUGGAAAGGCUUUUUGGCCAACGAUUGAUCUCCAAUAUCCAAUCUAUGAUAAACCCAUUUGAACACAACAUGUACGAAACGAGCAAACCGCAUGCUUCGAUUGUAAACUUGCCGCGCGUGGCUUCAUCAGAUAUCAUCCCUGGUUUUUCCAUUCAAGUGUCAUGAGAGCGAUGAUGUCAAUGGAAAAUACUUUUAGCCAGACAUGACGAUGUACUCAGCUUGCUGAUCGAGAUCAAUUAUGCAAAACGACUGGACCCUAUUCCUCUCACUUUCAAU